AUGACCAUUGCGCAAACGCUCUCCGGCACAAGCCUCCAUGGGCCCCAAGCUGCCCUGUCUUGGAGCAGCGGGCCAGCCGCCUUGGCUAUCGGCUCGGUAGUCCUACUCAUCACCAUCAUCAUCUACCGUCGAUACUUCUCCCCGCUCAGAGACAUCCCAGGCCCGUUCUGGGCAUCUUUCUCGAGGCUCUGGCACCUGUGGAUCACGAUCAAUGGCAACCAGAACGAGCAGCUGACCCAGGCACACGAAAAGUACGGGCACUUCGUCCGCCUGGCCAACAAUGAGGUGAGCGUGAGCCACCCUGACGCCAUCCGGAGGGUGCUUCUGGCACCCCUAGAGAAAGGUGACAUGUACAAGAUGAGCACGUUUCCGGAUUGGCGCUUCCAGAACCCCAUGUCCAUUACCGACCCGAAGCGCAAGGUAGAGCUGUCGAAGCAGUUCGCCUCCGGCUACACGUUGACCAAUGCCCUCAAGUCCGAGGAGGCCAUCAACGGCCUUGUGGAGAAUCUGCUCGGCUGGAUGGACGGCUACGCCGCCUCGGGGAAGGCCAUGGACCUGGACCACUACAUCACCUUCAUGACCUUCGACCUGCUCGGGGAGGUCCUCUUCAGCAAGCCGUUCGGGUAUCUCGCCGCAGGGGCGGACAUCGGCGGCAGCAUCGCCACCAACGCCAAGCUCAUCGCCGUGCACGCACUCGUCUCGCACUUCAGGGGCAUCCAGCUGGCAGCCCUUAACCCGGUGACCACCAAGCUGCUGCCGUGGGGCCACCUUUUCAACACAGCCUUCGGCGCACUGGAGGAGCGCCGCGCCAACCCGGACGCGCGCUUCGACGUCGUGGCGCACUGGCUCAAGACCUCGGCCGACCACCCGGAGCGCCUCACUGACAAGGACAUCCUCGCCAACACCGUGGCCAACGUGGGCGCCGGCUCGGACACCAUCUCGUGCGCCGCCCAGAGCUUCCUGUAUCACAUGGCGCGGCACCCGGCGCUUUGGGCGAGGGCCCGGGAUGAGAUCCUGGCGGCCCGGGAGGCCGAGGGGAGCUGCGGCUCCAAAGUCAUCGACUACAACGACGCCGCCAGCCUGCCCUUCUUCCAGGCCUGCCUCAAGGAGUCGCUGAGGAUCCACAACCCUGUACCUAUGGGCCUGCCGCGCGUGGCGCCCAAGGGAGGCCUGACCAUUGGGGGCAGGACGCUUCCCGCAGGCACCACCGUCUCGGUCAGCCCGUGGAUCAUUCACCACUCCAAGGAGAUUUGGGGACCUGAUGCGCUCGAGUUCAACCCCGACAGAUGGCUCGGCCCGGAUGCCGCUCACCUCGACAAGUAUUGGUGCCCGUUUGGUGCGGGCUACAUGUCUUGUCCAGGCCAGCACUAUGCCAAGAUGGAGCUGUCCAAAAUACUGUCGACGAUCGUCCGCGACUAUGACCUUCGUCUCGUCGACCCUGGCAAACCCUGGAAGUGGCGAGCCUUUUUCACGAUGGUUCCCUACGACUGGCCUGUCUAUGUCAGCAAGCGCCCGUCUGCUUAG